GUAGUUUACAUUUGUUAUGCAGUGUCAAAUACAUGGAAUGCCUUGGCCAGUCCACAGAAGGAAAGGGUAAAAAAAGCUAAAGGAGGAGGAUCUGGACAAAAGAGCCACAGAGAGAGCCCCCUAAGAAUGUGAAUUUGCAUACUAAGCACACUGCGAGUCUUUAUGGUUUGUGGCAAGCAAGUGAUUUAGUUUGGUGGUGUUGGUCAGCAGCUUAGGGUGUUGGUGGACCAUGCUUGGAGGAAACUUGUUCAUUUAUCAUAUUGUUGGUUUGCCUUUUGCUGAGAGAGCAUGGUCCUGGGCCAGUGUGGGACUGACUCUCAAUCAUGGGACUUUUGAGUUUUACCAAAGAUAUUUGGCAUAGAACUAAAGCCAAGGAAAUGUUACCCAUCCCUUAAAUACUUCUGAGUCCUUGUGAAGAUUUCAUCUGCAAAAUUCUGCAUUUCCUGUGGCUGUGGGAUAACCUCAUUGCUGAAGUAUUACUUUUCUCUAGUUAACACAGGACUCACAGAUCACCAUCAGACCGGAGUGGUGGGAGCCUGACUGAUAGCAGUGGUAAUGAAGAUGGAUCUUUAUCAGAUGACUUUGAUGAUGAUGAAGGGAACUAUGCUGGAGUUGCUGAUCUCCAUGACAGUGAGGACGGCUUUGAUGAGUUUGAGCUCCCGGAGGCUCGUAAGAGGUUACAGAGUCUUGGGAGAAAGGCUCAGAAAGCGUUCAUGGUCGCAAAGGAGAUUAAAGACUCGGAGAAGGUGUUUGUUGAUGUCUUGAAACUACUUAAUGUGGACUUGAGGCAGGUUAUUGAUGAUAGUAGUGCAAAGAAUGGAGGCAAGCCAGUGAUAGAGAAAGCAGCAUUGGAUCAGAUUAUUGGUCAUCUACCACAACUUCAGAAAUUCAAUGAAGAUCUCCUUACUGAUCUGGAAACAAGAAUACGCAAUUGGUCUACUAAUCCAAAGAUAGCAAACAUCUUCCUCACCAAAGGCCAUUUCUUGAAGCUCUAUUCUCAGUAUAUCCAGGCCUUUGAACGGAUUACUGCAGCCUUUGAUGAAGCUUGUAGUAAGAAUCCAAUCUUUACACAGGUUGUGAAGGAAUUUGAGAUGAGUGAACGAUGUAGGAAUUUAGCGAUCAAGCACUACAUGUUGAAACCAGUUCAGAGGAUACCACAGUACAAAUUGCUACUAACAGAUUAUAUAAAACAUUUGGAUACGGACUCAGAGGAAUUCAAAGAGACAAAAGAUGCCCUUGCCAUAGUGAGUAUGGUAGCAAGCCAUGCCAACGAGAGUAUGAGACAAGGGGAUAACUUUGAAAAACUGUUAGCUAUCCAGCACAGUCUGAUUGGCAGUCAACAGAUUGUCAAACCAGGCAGGAGACUUGUCAAGGAAGGAGAACUUCUGAAAAUGUCAAGAAGAGUUAAUCAACCAAGAAAAUUCUUCCUGCUAACUGAUGUUCUUCUUCACACAACACAAUUACCAACUGGUCAAUAUAAACUCAACAAUGAUCUUUCUCUCGCAGGUAUGAAGGUUAAUCGAUCAAGCCAAGAGGAUAGCUAUGAACUGGAAAUUAUCAGCGUUCAGAGAUCCUUCACCCUCCUUGCUGCUUCAAAAGAGGACUGUGAAGCCUGGUACAAUGCACUGACCAAGACAAUUGAUGAAUAUGAGAACAAGAAAAGCACCUUUGACCAGAACAAACCAGAACAUAAAGGUUUGACUGAGGGUGAUACAUCAAGUCUUGGACGUAAAGCACCCUUAUGGAUACCAGACAGUAGAGUUACCAUGUGCAUGAUCUGUACAAGUGAAUUCACUAUUACAUGGAGAAGGCAUCAUUGUAGAGCAUGUGGAAAGGUGACAUGUGGCCAUUGUUCCAAGAACAAAGCACCAUUGAUGUAUCUGUCUGAUAAAGAAGCCAGAGUGUGUGAUAAAUGCUAUGAAACACUGGUCUUAUCUCAACAGAAAGAUGGGCAAGAGAGAAAGGAGAGAACCAAAAAUAAGACGAAUAAAGCCAAGAGGAAAAAAUCUAACAGACAACCUGUCAGAUCUACUGUUUUGCAGGUUGGUGCAAGGGACGAAUCUAAUUCUUCAAUGAGUGGAUAUCUUUGGUUGAGGGUGAAGAAGAAAGAUUGGAAGAGAAUGUGGUAUCGCAUCAAAGACAAGGUUCUCUAUACAUAUAAAGCAAGCGAAGAUGUUGUAGCCCAAUCUACUACACCACUACUUGGCUAUGCUGUCUGUGUUAUUAAUGAGGCAUUUGAAGGUUUUGAACCAGGUUUGAUUCUGCAACUCACCCAAGGAAGAAUGAAACAUAUUCUUAGAUCAGAGACACCCGAAGCAUGUGCGAGAUGGAAUGAGGCCAUGGUGGAAGCCAGUUGUUUGGAUUGAUUCAUCAGGUUUAGUCAGUAUGAAUUCACCUGUGUUGUCUCUGUGAAGGGACAAAUUAAUAACAUUGAAAUUCCAUUACGCAAGCAAAAAGAUGAAUCUCAUUGUGAAUACUUUACUAGGUGUAAAAUUGUCUUGCCUAUUUUGAUAACUGAAAUUAUUGUUGUAGCGUAAUUUAUACAGAUGAAAAAAAGGUGUCAAUUUUCUGUUAUUCUUAGCCAAAGGUCACAUAUAUCUUGAAUGUUAGCACUGUAUGUUGAUUGCACUGUGUCGUAUCUAUAGAUCAAACAUUCAUUGGGUUUUUUUUAGUUAACAUUUCAGUGCAGGGCUCAUUUUUGUAGCUGUACAUGUUUUCUAUGCAACCGUAUCAUUCCAGGAGGCCAUAUUGUGGUUGAUGUUAUUUCAAGUAUAGAAUAGACUUGUCAAUUUUUAGCAUGUAAAAUUAUUAUGGUUGUAUUGCAAUAAUUGGUUUCUGUUAUUCCUUUGUGAACUAAAAAGUAGGCAUAAGGCACUUAACCUUAAUUCUCCCGGGGGGGGGGGGA